AUGUUUUUUAACGAUGGGGAUAAAAAUAACAUGUUCAAUAAAAACAAUAACAUGAAUAAUAAUAGCGGGACAAAUCUAAACACAAACCAAAAUACAAAUAAUAAUAUGUGGAACGUUCAAAAUAAUAAUUUAGGUAAUAAUACAUUUUUUGGAAAUAAUAAUAUGACAAAUCAAAAUGACCUUAAUAAGAAUAAUAGUAUUUUUGGUAAUAGCCCAAAUAAUAUGAUGAAAACAAGUGGUUUUUUUAAUAAUAAUACUAUGGGUAAUAAUCCAAACGAUAUAAAUAAAACAAGUAAUCUUUUUGGUAACAGUACAGGUUUAAAUAGUUCAACAGAUAUAAUGAAAAAUAAUAGCUUUUUUGGAAGCAAUAUCAAUACACAAAAUGAUGUAAAUAAAAAUAAUAUGACCAAUAAUAAUAAUAAUAAUAAUAGUAAUUCUUUUUUUGGUAGUGCAUUUGGUAAAACUAAUGAAUUAAAUAAAGGUAGUAAUCCUUUUUUUGGUAAUACUACAACUACUAAUAAUGAUUUAACUAAAAAUACUGGAUUAUUUGGUACAAGUACUAAUAGUAGUGCUCUUGGUGGUAUUAAUAAUAAUGCUCCAUCAAAUGCUUUUAAUCCAAAUUUAUUUAGUGCUGCCAAAAAAGAAGUUUUUCCUGGGUUUUCUACUGGUAUUAUUGGAAAUAAUACUAGCAAUAAUUCAAAUAUUUUUAAAAAAAAUACCUUGGGAAGUUCUAUAGCAUUAGGUAGUCAGUUAAAUGAAGGUAGGGCUACUGAAUCUGGUUUAUUUUCAAAAGAACAGUUAGAAGCAGCCAAACAAAUUUUUGCUAACUCAUCAAGUUCUUUAUCAAGUUUUAAUAAUAAAAUGAGUACUGGUACAACACCAAAUACACCAAUCAAUACAAAUACGACAACAACUACUACUAAUAAUAAUAAUAGUAGUAAUAAUAAAAUAACAUUUAGUGGUGGUUUUUCAUCGAGUUCUAGUACCUUUGCUAAAAAUAAUGUAAAUCCCUUUCAGACUAUGGCUUUACAAGCUACUACCCAAACUGAUAAAUCUUCGUCUUUUCUAAAAAGUAAUAAUAAUGUAUUCCUUUCAUCAAGUGAUCCAAAUAAAUUAAAUACAACACCAUCACCAUUUGGAUUAUCAUCAAUAGGAAAUCUAAAUACAACCAAUAAAUUAAGUACCUUUCCAGAUUUUAGUCAAGGUAAUAAAACAUUUCUACAAAAUGAUAGUUUAUUUUCACAGAAAAAUAAUAAUAGCCUUUUUGGUAAUACAGCUAAUAAUACACAAACAUCAACUGGUGUUGCCAAACCUUUAGUUACGAAUUUUAAUUCUUCAUUUAGCGCUUUUGGUAAAACAAGUACAACUGAUAUAUUUAAAACGAAUACUGCUUCAUCAACUGCAACUCCUACUCCCUUUGGAUCAGCAUUUGGAACACAAAAGAAUAAUGAUAGCUUGUUUGGAAAUAAUGCAUUCAAGCUUUCAACAGAAGCAAAGUCAAACGAAAACCCAUUCUUAUUUAACAACAACAAUAAUAAUAAUAAUACAACAAGUACUAGUACAUUUAAUAAUGCCUUUUCAAUAUUUGGGAAUAAAACAGAAAAUAAAAAUAAUUUCCUUACCACUACUACUACUACUAAUAAUAAUAACAAUGUAGCCACCAAUUUGUUAGAAACCAAACCAACAACAACAGAAAAGAUUCCCACUGUUCCGACUUUAAAUGUUGUAGAUAAAGCAGCUACGACAAAUGAAUCGGUAUCUCCUAGUAAAUUGGAACAGACAGUUAAUGUAGUUCAAGCUGAAAAGGAGAAAACUACACAAAUGGAGAAUGAUAAGGAAAAGGAAAAGGAGAAAGAAAUGGAAAAGGAAAAGGAGAAAGAAAAGGGAAAAGAAAUAGAAAAAGAAAAAGAAAAAUUAGAUGACAAUAAAACCACACCAGCUGUAGAUGAAAAAGAAAGUACCAUAAAAGCAAAGGAUGAAAAUGUUUCCAAAGACGAAAAACUAAUAGAUAAUAAAACUCAAAAUGAAAAAACAGAAAAACCAAAAGAUAAUAUCUUUGGAAGCACGUCACUUUUUGGAUCAUCUCUUUUUAAAGCUAGUCCAUCCAAAGAUAAUGUUACACCAAAUACAAAGGAUAAAAACGAAAGCACAACAACAACAACAACAACAACAACUACUACUACUACUACUAGUAAUAAUAAUAAUAAUAGUAGUAUUUUUAGCUUUUCUACUGCAAAUAAUAAAAGCUCCAUAUUUUCCAAAGAUAAUAAUAAUAGUAGUACAUUUUCCUUUAAUUUGAAACCACCAUCCAAUGAUAAAAAUGUUAGUACUCCCGCCUUCAGUUUUCAAAGUAAUAAUAAAACUGACAUAAAUAAAUCUACUACAAAAGAAAAUGAUGAUGAUAAGAAAAAAAUAUUAAAUGAUGAAAAAACAAAAGAAGCAAAUAAUCUGACGAAAGCACCCAUAUUCAAUUUUGAUUUUUCUAAAGGACUCUUAAACAAUAAUGAAAAGGAAAAAACAUUAGAGGAUGGUAAAGAUAAUAACAAAUUAAAUGUAGAAGUAAAAGAAAGUGAAAAUAAAGAAAACAAAACAGAAGAUGAUAAAAAUAUUGUUAACAAAAGUGAUGAAGAUAAAAAUAAUGAUGACAAAAAGAAAUUUUGGAGAUUUCCAUUUGGGAAAAAAAAAGAAACAAAAGAUGCAAACGAAGAAGGAAUUGAUAAUAAAAAUGAUAAUGUUUUUUCAAGCGAUACAAAUUUAUUUAAAAAUAACCUUAUUGGAAAUAAUACAGCGAACGAACAAAAAAGUUUGUUUCAAUCAGUCGAUAAUCAAUUACAAGAAAAUAAAAAUAAAAGUGAAGAAAGCAAAACUAAGACAGUUAGUUUUUCUCCUACGUCAGUAUUUAAUAAACCAUUUGAUUUAAAUUUUGAAAAAAAUAAAGAAGAAAAUAAAUCCAACAUUUUUAAUAUAUCAUCUAAUAACAAAACAACAAGUUCCCUUUUUGGUAAAGAAUCUAAUGAAAAAAAAACAAAUAAUUUAAAACUUAAUUCUAAUGAUGAUGAUGUAAAUAAUGUAAGUGAUAUGAUUAAUUUUAUAUCCUUAGAAAAUCGAAAAAAAAAUGUAUUUAUUGGAAAUGCACAAGAGUAUGAAGAAAAUAAUAAAAAUAAAUCAAAUUUAUUUUUACAAGGCAAUUUUUUCAAUUCAAAAAAUAUAUCCCCAACUUAUAAUCAACAAUUAAAUAAAGAUCAAGAUAAAAUGACAAAAAAUCAACAACAUCACAUUAGUGACCAUACAAAACAAAAUGAUGAAUCCGUUAUAUAUAAUUUUAAUUUAAAAGAAACUAAAGGAACAUUAAGGAAUAAUGAAAAUACAAAAGAUAUGAAUUUUAAUGAUAUUCAAUUUAAUAAAGAUUUAAAUGAAGAAAAAUAUGAACAUAUGGAAGAGGAAUUAUUAGCUAAUGAAAGAAAAAUCGUUGAAAAUAAUAUUAAAGAAAAUGAAAUAUUAUUUAAAAAAGAGUUAGAUCAAGAAAUGAUAUUAGAUAUUAUUGAUAAUUUAUCUUCAUUUGUUAAAAAUAAAAUUAAUUUUAUGAAUUAUUGUUCAAAUGAAAUUAUUGAUAUAUAUAAUAAAGUUGCACAUUAUGAAAAAAUGUAUAAUUUAAUAUCAGAUGAUCAAAUAAAAAUUGAAAAAAAACAAGAAGCUUUAGAAAAAAAACUUAGACUUAUACAAAGUGAACAAACUGAUAUACUCACAUUACUUAAUGAAAUGGAUAAUGAAACAUCAGUUAGCUUUCUUAAAAUUUUUAAUGAUAAAAAUACAGAUAAAGAAGAUAUUAUUCAUAAUAAAAAUCUUCAUCUAGAUAUUGAACAUUUCGAAAAAUUAUCAGAUAGAAUGUCUAAUUUAGAAGAAAUUAUUGACUCAUUACAAAAUGCUCAUAAGGAUGAUAUCUUAAGUGAAUUUGCUAAUAAAAGUUAUAUCAAUGAAUUAAACUGCGAUAAUAUACAAAAACAAUUAAAUAGUCUUUCAAAUGACCUUAAACAUUUUAAAGGUUAA